AAUUUUUCACUCUCUGGAGGCUCUGCCCUACCCAUGAUUUUUUAUGAAUAAGAAAAGCUCUCUGCUACUGAUUUUGUUGAUUUCUGACCCUGUACUGCUGUGAGAUUUGGUAGCGAAGGCCUGGUGGUUUCCAAGUUAGGCUCUGGCGGGAUUCAAAGCCUUCAAUUAGAUGGAUUCCUGAUUAAUUAUCUCUCCCAUCUCUUCUCUAUCUUUCCUCCAUCAAAAUCAGAUCGAGGGUCUGGAGGCUCUGGCAGUACUGCAAAGAUUCAAGCGUCAUCGUUGGGAGAGACAGGAUCAGGCGAUUCUCCCCUUCUCCUUUUCUUUACUCCUCUUUGUCUCCUUGAUUCUUUGUUGCUCGGUGAUUCUUUCGAGGGUAUACGGAGAUUGAGAGGUUUUCAGCAAUUUGAGGAAUGGAUCAAAGAAUGAUCGCAUCUAGGGAACACAUUGAACAAAUGGAAAGGGAUGACACUGAUGCAGAAAUUAUGAUGUGUAUGAUGUUGUUGAUGAAAGCACGUGAUUCAUUAUACACUAGAGAGCCCAUACGAGAUAGUAAAUUGACAGGACCAGAGCGAGUGAGUGAGGUUCUAAACGGACAUGUAGACAGAUGCUAUGAACAGUAUAAAAUGGAACGCCAUGUCUUCCUCAACCUUGAAGCAUUAAUGCGACAACGUGGUUGGUUGGAAGAUAGUCGAUAUUUAAGAGUGGAUGAGCAGUUGGCAAUGUUUAUAUCUAUCGUUGGUCACAAUGAUAGGUAUAGAGACAUAGCAGAACACUUUCAGCGUUCUCUUAACACUAUAGGUGAACACUUUAAGAAAGUGUUACGUGCUUUCAUACUACUCGGACAAGAGAAUAUCAAACCUUCAAACUUCAGUCGUUGCCCUAAACAGAUUCUUGAAAAACCAAAGCUCUAUCCUUUCUUCAAGGACUGCAUUGGCGCGAUUGAUGGCACUCAUGUUAGUGCUUCUGUACCUCUAUCCAAACAAAUACCGUACAGAGGAAGGAAAGGAGAUACAACCUGGAAUGUUAUGUGUGCAUGUGACCUUGACAUGAAAUUCACUUUUGUGUACGCUGGUUGGGAGGGUUCUGCAAAUGAUUGUCGAGUAUUCAAUGAGGCAUUGAAUAACCCUAAAUUUGAAUUUCCUCAUCCUCCACCUGGUAAAUAUUAUGUGGUUGAUUCUGGUUAUCCAUCUACUACUGGGUUCUUGACGCCGUUCAAAGGACAAAGAUACCAUCUAAAUGAUUAUAGGAAUAGACGUCCAAGGACAGCAGUAGAGCUAUUUAAUAAUAGACACUCUUCUGUUAGGAAUGUCAUAGAGCGCAGUUUUGGUUCUUUGAAGAAGCGCUUUCCAAUUCUCAGCAAAAUGCCAUGUUUUCCACUGAACACCCAAACAUGCAUCGUCAUUGCUUGUUGUGCACUUCACAACUUCAUUCGGGAGGAAGAAAUUGCAGACAAGAAUUUUAAGGAGUUUGGUGAAAAUUGGUGGAAUGAGGAGCCUGAAGAAAUUCAAGAUUAUGUACCACCGGCUCACAUUAGUAUAAGCUUAGCAGAAAGAAGAAGACAGAUGGAUGAUCUUAGGAAAAAUAUUGCAAAUGAGUUAGCUGUUAAAGCCAGAAUGACUCAAAUUACAUGAUUACAUUUUGAUGAUUGGAUUUAAACUUUGAA